AUGAAGUUGAUUCUUAAUUCUUUAUCCUGUCUUUGAAAAGAUAUUUAGCACUCAAAAAAUGAUGUUGCCAUUAAUAUCAAUUUUUAUUCUACUUCGAUCUUUCUCUUAUUAUUGGUGUUAAUGAAAAUGGCGCUAAUUUCAAUAUUUUUAUUCUAUUUGUCUUAAUCUUUAUAUUUAAAUAUAAUUUCUAAAUUCAUUGCAUUAAAAUAUAAAUGACAGAACAAAAUUUUCGAUUUUACAAUAUUGAUUUAUACGGUCGUAUUUCAAAACAUCAUACUUUAAUUAUUUAAUAGUAUUCAUUACUUACUUCAUCUAUGUUUAUAUUUCAUUUGUGAAACUACUAUAUUAUUAUAAGUGUGUUUUAAAUACAAAAAAAUGCCAUUUGCAACAUUAUUUAAGUUUAACAGAAAUUUAUUUGUUAAUCUUAAAUUCUCAAAAUGCAAUGUUCACAGCAUGUUGCAAAUAUAUAAAGACAAUUCUGAAACUAAUAUAGGAAGAAAUAUAAAAGUACAGGGUUGGAUUCAUGCAGUCAGAAAGAUGAAAAAUAAUAUUUUUAUUGAUAUUACGGAUGGAUCAACUCCUAAAAUGUUACAAAUUGUUAUAUCAAAAUCAAAUAAACCAGAUAACUUAAGUUUUGGAAGUAGUAUUAUAGCAGAAGGAAAAUUAGUCUUAAGUCCAAAUGGUAAAAUUGAAUUACAUACAAAUAAUGUUACUAUAAUUGGUACAUGUGAUGUUAUGGAUGGGUAUCCUUUUGUUCCAAGAAAAUAUUAUGAUAUGGAUUAUGUUAGACAAUUUUUGCAUUUAAGACCAAGAACUAGAAGAUUUUCAUCUUUAUUAAGAUUACGUGAUAUGACAACUGCAAGUAUUGAAAAUUAUUUAAGAAGCAAAAAUUUUAUUAAUGUACAUACACCGAUUUUAACUUCAAAUGAUUGUGAAGGUGCUGGUGAAUUAUUUUUAGUAAAACCAUAUUGUGAAAAUUUAUUAAAAUCAAUGAAAAGAGAAAAUAUAUCAGAAGAAGAAUCAUAUUUUAAUACUAAGGCAUUUUUAACAGUUUCUGGUCAAUUACAUUUAGAAACAAUAGCAAGAUCAUUGACAAAAGUAUAUACUUUUGGACCAUCAUUCAGAGCUGAAAAUUCUAAAUCAAGAUUACAUUUAACUGAAUUUUAUAUGUUAGAAGUUGAAUUAGCAUUUAUUAAUGGUAUUGAUGAUAUAAUGAUUGAAAUUGAAUCAUUGAUAAAAUAUGUUAUUAAAGAUGUAUUUGAAAAAGGUGCUGCAGAUAUACAUGUAAUAGGUGGUUCUGAAGUAGCUUGGUUAAAUAAAAAAUUUAUAUGUAUAACAUAUGAUGAAGCAAUUAAUAUUCUAAAAAAUAAUGCAAAUUCCUUAUCAACUCCUAUUAAAUUUGGAACAAAUUUAUCUAAAGAACAUGAAUUAUUUUUAGUGAAAUAUAAUGAUAAUAUUCCAGUAUUUAUUAUAAAUUGGCCAAAAGAAAGCAAACCUUUUUACAUGAAAGAAUGUAAAGAUGAUGCUUCAAAAGUUGCUGCAAUAGAUCUUUUAGUACCUACUGUAGGAGAAUUAGUAGGAGGCAGUUUACGUGAAGAUAAUUAUGAAAAAUUGAAAUUAAAGUUACCUCCAACAUCUGAUCUUUCUUGGUAUUUAGAACUCAGAAAAUAUGGUAAUGUUCCAACUGGAGGAUUUGGAAUGGGAUUUGAAAGAUUUUUACAACAUAUCUUUAAUAUAUCAAAUAUUAAGGACACUCUCCCUUUUCCAAGAUGGCCUCAUAAUUGCAAUUUAUAAAUAAAAUUUUUAAAAUAAAUGAUAAAACUAUUUAUCAUUUAUUUAUCAUUAUUAUUAUAUAUUAUCAUUACUUUACAAAAAAAUAAAUAUUAUAAGAUACUAUAAAAUAAAAUUUCUUUUAAGAAAAUAAGGAAAUAUUUAUAUAAAAUUGGCAAUCUAUGGAGAUAAAAAAUUUUUGUUUUUUACUUAUGAAUAUUUAAAUAAAUAAACACUUAUAAUCGAA